UGAACAGGGGAUUGUCUUCUCAAACAGAUGACGUCUCUCAAUGCACCAACAUGGAUUUUGACUACCAGAAGGUCAAAGAUGCUGAAGACAAACAGAGAGAGGAGCGAGUGAGGGCACUGCCCAUCCCAGCGAUGCAGCCCGUGCCAGCGGGCACUCAAGACCUAUCCACCGCCCGCAAGCCCCCGAUCAAGCCUCGCCGCAGCAUCAAGUGCCGCCCAGGGGCCCAACAGGAAACAGGGCCACCAUCGAACCCAGCGGUCAGUCAGACAGGAAGUGAGGUAGUGGCUAAGCGCUUGUCCCCUGCAUUGAUGCUGGGUCCCUCCGGGCCACUUGAGGCACUGUCCCCGUCCCUGCGUGCCCACACCCUGCUCUGGUUCCACCGCAGCCAACUGCCGCGCCUGCAGACCGAGGGCCAGCCCCUGCCGCAAUGGCUGCACGGCUUUGCCACCCGCAGGGAAGCGGAGCAGCUAUUGCACGACCAGCCCCUAGGAUGCUUCCUGCUACGACUCAGCGAAUCAAAGAUCGGCUUUGUGUUGUCUUACAGAGGGAAAGACCGGUGUCGCCACUUCAUCAUUGAGGAGGAAGAGGACAGCCAUCGUGUAGGCGAAGGUGGGAAGUACGUUAUUGCCGGGGAGAGAAGCCGCCAUUGCAGCCUGCAGGAUCUCAUAAACUACUAUACCCUCAACCCUGUGGGGCCAUUUGACGAAAUGCUGACAGUACCCUAUACUAAGACUAAUGGCUUGUCUGAGGACAUCGUAAGGAAGAGGGUGGGCGUUUCGGAGCAAGUAAACGAUAUGUCCAGGCAAGCCCACUCGGCCUCCCCGUCUCCAAACCCUGCCUCGGCGGGUGGUGAGGUGGUCUCCAAGGAGAUGCCAGAGUAUGCUGUGGUGAGGAAGGCGCUGAGGAAGAGCCACUCUCUACCAGAGUCCCCCACUGGACCACUGGACGUAGCGCCCCCUAUAGCAGUGCAGGCCUUCAGUCCCCCUUCGCAGAGGAAGGAAAGCCCGGUGUGCCCAGUCGACAGACCCCCUGCCAUCUCCACCCCCUGCGACUCCACCGAUGUCCCCUAUGCCAGAGUCAAUAAGCCUCUCAGAGCUGCGCAGACACAGGCUCCGGUACCCACACCCGGCUUGCAGGCAGCGAUGGCUCCCCUCAAUACUGCAGGGUCGCCGCCACAGCCAUCAGCAGAGCAGAAGUACUGGCACCUGGAACCUGAACACACAUACGAGGAGACGCCUGGCAACCAGGAGCACAUUGACUUCUAUGCUGUGGGCCGGCGGAGAGAAGUGGAGCAGAGCAAUGGAGACUCCAGAAACCAUGUCUACUCUGAGGUCAACCUCUGCGGGUCAAGACCGGGCCUCCCCCACUCCUCCCCAGAGCCUGCCCCGCUCAGGCAACAUUCAAGACUGCCCCCGAGACCCAUCUCCAAUCCCAACACAUUUUCCCGACCAGACAGCAAUGCAAUGCAGAACUUCGGUGGCGGUGUUCUGUCGACGUCUCCAUCCCGGUCAGGUGACAUUUCUCCCUACAGCACCAGUCGGCCCUCUGCUGCCACCGCUGACCCCUCGCCUAUCUACGAGCAGAUCCCAGCAAGGAUGUCUGGACCGAGACCACCCCUGCCUCCACCCAACCCCAAACACUGAUCAGCUGCACUCUGCCUCCAUCGAACCCCAAUAAAUAACCCUGAUGAUAACUAGACCCCCUACACUUUAGCACAACACCCUAAACUAAAAGACUCUACCAAACCCCUAAUUCAUUCAAUCAACCCGAUUUCAAGAGCUAUAUAUACACGUCUCUGGCCAGGAGCACAGGUUAUGUUUACUAUCACAGAAUUGUGAUAGAAUUGCUAAAUGUCUAUACAAACUACAAUGCAUGCAUACACAACAGGUGGGGAUUGAUUUGGUUAAGGCGUAAUGGAUGCCAACUGGUAGAGUUUGGCAGUAUGUUAGUAAACCUCCCUCCCGAAGUCUUAUACAGAUGCAAUGGUGUAGGGCUGAUGGUCUAGAGACUUGAAGCUCAGGGGUACCAUACCAGUGCUCCCAUAACAAACUAUUGCUGUGAUUGGGAGGUCGCAGGUUUGAGCACUGACUGGCAAACUAGUGCGGAAGAGUACAAUGACAUAGGCACCUUUAUUUUGGUACCUCUGCACAUUAACACAAUGGCUUGAUUAAGGUCACAAUAUAACGAGUUCUACUGGACAGUGAGGUCAGCCAUAGUGGUAGUGUGAUUAGUCAUAUUCUACGUCUCGAUUAUGCUUUGCCCUGACGCCUGCUGUAAUACAUACUAAAGCUGUAUAUUAUUCUGAAUACAAAUAUUAUCAAUUUUUUUGUGUGUUCACUGAUACUUCUUAAUUAUCCAGGUUGCAUGAAUGGAAUGAUCUGCCCAUGUUACGGUAACUGUAUAUGCCAAUGUAUUGGUAACCUUUCUGCUGUUAAGACACAUGUAUUUAACAACCGACAUAACAAGGCAGUCUAAUUUCAAAGCCAUUGAAGU